AUGUACGACCUUGUCGUAGUUGGUCAUGGCAUUGCCGGCCUCGCCGCUGCAGUAUCAGCUGCAGAAUUCUCGCCCUCGGCGCAGAUAGCCGUGCUAGAGCAUGCACCAGAGCAUGCGAGCGGUGGAAACUCACGCUGGAGCCCUGCCAACAUGCGAAUGCCAUCUGUCAAUGAGGUAUUACCAGGCUUCGUGGACGACAUGAUGGCUGCAAGCGGAAGUGGUGGCGACCGCGCGUAUUUCGAAAGGCUGGCUAGCCAGGCCCCUGAAGCCCUCCAAUGGCUCGAAAAGCAGGGGGUGCAGUUUCACGCCAUGGACUAUUUCUUGAAAUCUUGGCCUAACAGGAUCCAGCCUGUUGGCAAAGGUGCUGCCAUUGUCGAAGCCCUCAAGCAAUCAGCCAAAUCGAAGGGUGUCCAACUGGUGUAUAAUUGCCGUGCCCAGCGACUUCAUCUUGGCCCAGGACAGGCCACGAUUGAGGCAGCUGAUGGGCGACGAAUCAUUGCCCGGUCUGUUGUGCUCGCCAGUGGUGGGUUUCAAGGCAGUCCAGACAUGCUGCGUACUCAUCUUGGUCCUGGUGCGGAGACGUUGAGACCGAUAUCACCUGGGACGGCCUGGAACGCCGGCGGCGGCAUCCAGAUGGCGCUGGCCAACGGAGCCAAGGCCUCUGGCGAUUGGAACGGAAUGCACAGCGAGAUAAUCGACCCACGGAGCAGUCAGCCAGCGCCACUGGUCCUCAAUUACCCGUACGGGGUUGUGGUGAAUCAGGACGGAAAGCGGUUCGUAGAUGAAGGUGCUGGACUUGUGCAUGACACGUGGGAGCAUCUUUCCAGAACCAUACAUUUUGACACACCGGGCCGCUUAGCCUGGGCAAUUUGUGAUUCCAGAUUUUUUCAAUUGGAGGACCAUGAGGCAGCUAUCCGCUCCGAUAUGCCGCCGGUGACAGCGGACACGAUUUCUGGCCUGGCGGCACAGAUGGGGAUGCCGGAACAAGCGCUUCUGAACACAAUCUUAAACUACAAUGCAGCCUGUAACGUAAACAUGUCUGGCUUUACGGCGGGCCGGCUUGAUAAUCUUGCCACUACCUCAGGCUUGCAACCAUCGAAAUCGAACUGGGCUAGGCCGCUUGACGCUCCGCCGUAUACCGCAUUCCCCUUAGCCGCGGCCAUUGUCUACACUUUCGGCGGCAUUGCUACUGAUGUGGAAGCGCGCGUUCUUGGCCAGAGAGGCAUCAUUCCUAAUCUAUAUGCUGCAGGUGAGAUUACUGGCCAUUUCUACGAGAAGGCUCCAAAUGCAGUGGCCGUUAUGCGGGCACUCGUCUUUGGGCGUAUUGCUGGCCUCCAUGCCAUAAGCUCCCAUUAG